GAGGGGAGGGAGGGGAGGAAGGAUGGAGGACUGUCUACCAUGCAGAGCAGAGAAGCUCCGCGACGCGCUCUGUUUUAUUUUGAAAGCAGCCAGCCAGUGUAAGUGGCGUGUCUGCGGAGUGGACUCGGAGAGCUGCAGGCCAGCCUGUUGCGCUCUUGGCGGCACACUCGGACAAGGAACACGAAUGCUGCGUCAAUGGACGGGGACAGGAAUAGACUUUCCUUUAUUCAUAUCAGGAUUGGACCCAUAUCAGGCAGACCACUCUUCUAAUUGAACAAAGACUCAUCCCGACGUGCCACCUCUGAGCGGAUCCCGGGAGACGGGCGAAAGGGGGACUAUCGAGACUGUCAGCAGCAGGAGAUGGCAGAAGAACAAGGGACAUAAAACUCCAGAGUCUGACUGCCAGCAUGUUUCAGAAAUGCUCAGCAGCGCAAUGAAAUGAAACCCUGAGGACUGUCGACACAUGUGCGUCCCGCUGAACACACACACUGAAGAGUUGAAAACAACAGUGUGGUAGGACUGAGCAAGAGCGUGUGUGGCCGUACCCUGUGUGUGUGAGUGUUCUCACACGCUGUGCUGAGGUUUAAGCAUUGAGGAGCGGAGGACUUAAACUGAAGAGUAUGGUUCAACCUUCCACUUCAGCCUACCUGCUGGGAGGCCUUCUGGGCCUGUUUCUGAUCCUGCCCGUUCAGAUGACCCAGACACCAGCCAGCAUGUGCACGCCGCUGAAGACACUCAACAACAGCCUCAGCCACAGGCGACGCUACAUGAAGCACAACUUCCCCAUCAACUACACUAUCAGGGUCCAUCAUAACGAAAUCUUUAAAGUUUCAAGCAUCAGCAAAAUGAAGUCAUAUGUGGAGGGGUUGGAAGAUCUGGUUCUCCAGAGGCUUUGGUUCCAGGUCAACCAAGGCGUGUUAAAAAAGAUCAUCCGGGUUUUGCCGGAGAGACAUCCUUCGCGUCCAUACACCGCCGAGCUGGAGAGACGCUUCAGGGAUUUAGAGGGAGUCUUUGUACAGUCGCAUCCUGCUGAGGUGUUCCAGCAGGAGCUUCCAGAGACUAUCCAGGACACUUGGGAUCGUUUGACAGAAGAGCCCGACAGAGUGCCGCCGUCCAGCUGGAGAUCUGCUUCUCCCAAAUCACUUCUGGACAACCUGUGCCACACCAUGCACUGCCUGUUCAGCGAGUGCUUUGACAGCACAGAAGCACAGCGUGACUACUGUGUUGUCUCCCAUCGGAGGAAAGGCAGGAAGAAAGAGCUGGAGCUCAGGAGUUGAGAAGAAGCCAGCAAGGUGAAGUUGUCCCUGUUGAUACGGAUAAGGGACUGGUAUCUUAAUCUCUUGAGAUAAGGGGAGAAGAGGAAAAGGUCAAUUCAGACUGAAACAAGACAGUUCAGUCCUGAUUUGUGAACAUUACUAUGGCUUAACCUAAUCUGUUAAACAGAGUUACUGUCGUCCAGACAUUGUGAUAAAAGGCACAAACUUAGAGGACUGAAAUUGUCGACUCAGCUGAAGGAUUUCAUGACAUUUUGAAAUAAAUGAAGUAACACUCAAGCUCCAGAAAACUUCCACUUCUCACUCAGUCAGAUGUUCAACGUAUUCGAUUGAUGAAUGCAUCUCAGAUUGAUGCUGAAAAUCUUUCCAAAUUAGUUUAUGUUCACAUAUAUAGGAUCAAGAAACUGUAUAGAGGUAGAUACUUUAAAGAAGGAGGGUGUGGCCUGAACGUGCUCCUUCCACAUUGGAAGGAGGUUAACUUCACCUGGAGUGAGGACAUCAGCGUGGCUUUGUUAAAUCUGAUCUGAUGUGCUCCUGGUUUACCUGCAUGGUUAAUCUCAGAGACCACGAGGAAGAAAACACGAGAGCUGACACAAAGGACUGAUGUUGUAAUGUUUUAGCUGACUACAGCCAGACUCGCCAUCAUGAACAGAUCUUUAAAAGUGAAAUGAAGAAUGAAGAAGAAAGAUGUAACUGAACUGAACUUCAUACUUAAAGGCAAACUGAUAACUACUGGUGUCUCUUCCCUUCUCAGUUGUUGACUGUACAUUUAGUACCCAAAGACUGCAUUUAAGGCAGUGAGUCCCAAAGUGGGGUGGGGGGGAAGCAAGGCUUCAAAGAAAUCAAUGCACACCGUUUUUCACUACAAGCGAAGCUUAGCAAUCUAAGGAUGAAAAUGUGUAAGUGAAAUGUUACAGUAUCACUUUUAAAAUUGCUCCCUCUGUAAAAGUGGCUUGUUGAUUGUUUUCAGUUGUCACACACUGAAGUUGCGAUCCUGAACUUUUUGCAGCAAAUGUUUGAGAUAAAUUCUGAAAAAUAUAUGAAUUUUGUUAGCAAAGACUGUGACUCACAGUGUGUUUAGUGUACGUCCACAGACGUUGAUGUGUACAGUGGGGGGGGGGGCUUGAAAUGAUUUCAUCUGCCAAAGGAGGGUACUGCAGAAAAGGUUUAGGAACCACUGAUUUAAGGGUGUUAUUUUUAAAGUCUGUGCUGUACACCCAGAUGCAAUAUAGACUGAGGCCCAUUCAAAACCUUGUUAUCUUUGUUAUUUCUAAUUUCAUGUAUUUUAUUUUAUAUAUUUAUCAUGCACAAAGAGUAAGCAUUGAGCUCCAAACAAUGGGUAUAGUUCUAUCUAUUACUGCACAAUCUACACAUUUCUGAAUCAACCAUGGGCCUAUUUUAUCUUAACCCAUCCUCAAAGGAAUUUUAUAUCCACAAAGGAAUAUGUUAAUGUCUCUAUUUCAUGUGUAAAGUUUAUAGAGCCACCUUCAACAAUCACAUCACACUCAGAAUUUGCCCCCAAAAGCACCAAAUCAAGAUCAAAUUCAAAUUUCAAUAGUCUUCUGUGUAUUGAUAGUUA